CACACUUUCUCUGUCCCUUCAUGUGCUCCGUUCCGCUGUCCCUGCCCGGGCCCAAUCCGGCACCUUCAUCUUUGCACUUGCAUCCACAUUGGCUCUGUCCCGUCAUCGUUUCCAUUCCUCUCUGACAAGUUACUCCCUAUGCACCUUCCAUUUCGCGAUGCAUGUGUGCACGCCAUGAACCUCCGCCUCUCCGCCUCUCUGCCUCGCAUAGAGCUGGAAUUCGGUCAUGGCUGCUGCUCCCCGGAUACAACAGCCGUCCGCUCAUACAUGUUACAAACUACCAUUCCCUCUUUCCCUCUUUCUUUCUUUCUUUCUUUCAUUCUUUCUUCUUCUUCUUCCCCUUCCAUCUGACCACAAGAACAUCUCAUGACGACUUUUUAGUUACUGCUCGUCCCCUGACCACUGCCGCCCACCCUAAACCCAUUACACCGAUUACAUUUCGAUCGCAUCUUCCUGAUUCUCGCUCUAUAUACUCUGCCCUAUUGCACUUUCCGAAUGGCUGGGAUCCCUGCCCGUGCUGCCAAGCCCGCUUCUCGUCCGGAAACGCCCGGCCUUGGUUGGCCCCCAAUUCUUCUCGGAAGCAAUCGGCAAUCCAUAGCAUCAACAACGAACGACGACUGCAGUAUCCCUAUCCGACCUCUCUCCCGUUGUUUGUGGUCUUCUUCUAUCCUUCCUUUUUACUUGCUCCAUCAAUGCCUCCUCCAUUCUUUAUUUUUAUUCUUUAUUCUUUUAUAUCCCUUUGCUCCCUCACUUUCAUUUAUUCAAUUUGAGCGCUUUACUGUGGUAAGAUGAGGAGAGAAAGCAAGCAGGUCGAAGGCAGUGCCCGACACAACAUACCCGCUCAUAUCGCAAGCGCACCCAAGGACACUAACGCAGCGAAGCGAGCCAAGUCAGGUCAAAGCAAAGCAAGCGGCAUUGACGAGACGAAGAAGACAUGGCUCGCAUCGAUCAUCGCCAAAUUUGGACCUUGAAGGGCGAGCUUCCCAGCGGACCACACACGUCC